AUGUUUAAACGAAAGAAGGAAAAAAAACCUGUUUGGAACCUUCCUAGGAACCUUACUGAACUCGGAUAUUUAAUCAAUGAAGAGGGACAGCUAAGAACAAUAAAAGAUAAUGAACCGUACGUUUUCGAUUUAAAAGAAAAAGCUUAUAAUGAAGCUUUGUAUGAUGUUAUUAUUGAUCUUUUGGGCGAGUGGGUUGAAGAAAAACUUGUCAGCGAUGUUGGAAUGCUACGAAUUUUGUUACCAUUAGGUGCGACUGAGACGGAUAUUCACACAAAAAUUUAUGCGACUCCGGAUUAUCAAAAAAAUGAAAAAAUGAUGGUUUUUAUUCCUGGAACGGCUCAUACAGUUGGUAUUUGGUCACGAAGAGUUCUCACAGAUACUUCAAUUGUGGAUGGUUCAAUGAUUACUUACGCCAAACGAGCAAUUUCAAUGGGAUAUUCUGUUGUUAUUUGUAAUCCCAAUGAAGUAUUUUGGUAUAAAGGAAAGGGUGUGCUUAUUCUUCCCAGGGCCAAUGUGUCCUUUGAUGCGAUUCCAGGAAGUGAGUCACCUGAAGAGCAUACAGCUUAUGUAUUCGAACAUAUUAUUAUACCAUCCCCUGCGAAAAAAAUAUUUACUAUCGCCAAUAGUUAUGGAGGUCAUUGUGCCAUUAAUUCAAUUCAGACUUUUUUUGAUGAACUAAAAGAUAGGGUAAAAGCUAUUGAAUUCACGGCUUCUACACAUUCAAUUGAUUUCGUUAAGACCGAUAAACUAAAAGUCUGGAUUCAUGAGCAUUGUCGCAAUUGGAUAAUGUCUGAUUUACCUGUCGGGAAAGAAGUUCUUGACACAAGAUUUGGUUGUGUCUCUUUAUCUUCAGGAGCCGAACUUAAUGAAUAUGUAGUUGCCGCCGCGAUCGAUCAAGUAUUUGAUUUUAUCGAUAGGAAAUCCAAGUUACCUGACAAUUGGCAUGAAAGUAUGAUGGCAGAAGAAAUAGAAGAGGAUACUCCUGAACAGUUAGAUCUGGAAGCUCAAAGAUUAUUUGCAGAUAAUUCCUUAGUUAACGAUGUACAAGAUAAGAUUCAGUUUGAUGGUUAUCCUGUAUUGGAAGAAGUUGAAAAUUCAGCCUGGGUUCAAUAA